CCAAAGGGUUCCGAAACUUAUCAAAAAACAAGCUUCCUACCGGGUAAACAUUGAUCGAGCCGAGGAGCUGUCCGAACAGUUUAAUAUAAAGGUCGACGCAAUGACGCUACCACGUCUUCUUGUCGAACACCCGGCGCCCACACUUGCAAAACUCACUUUGAUAUACAUUGUUUCUACACAUUACGAAAGCUUACAGCUCUGAGCAUCAAUCAUGCGUUCCUCAAUCAUCAUUGCCAGCUUCGUCGCCCUUGUGGCCGCCCUCCCAGCCAUCGUCCCAGUCGAGAAGACCUCCCUGGCAGUCCGCACCGAGUCGCUCGACGCUACCGUCGCUCUCGAAGCUCGCCAGGGUUUCAACCCUUACGAUCAAACCUUCUCGUGGCCCGAGACUGAGGUCUAUGGCGGUGGUCUGUCCGCGCAAUUCGAGGCUACCAACCUGGGAAAUGGCAACUACAAGUUCCAAUUCUGGAGCUCCGCCCCAGCUAAUGGCGGCACUCUGAACUACCGAGUUUCCUACGGCGGCAAGACUCUCGCAUCAGUCAAUCUCAACCCCGGGAAAACCACUACCGUCAACGUCCCCAAAACCGGAGACAACUUCAACAUCUUCAUCCAGUUGGCGUAAGAGAUCGUCAUAGGGAAGAGAGUGAAUCAGAGUUCGCUACACGAGGCCUUUCGCAGCACGUAGAGAGUUCAAAGCAUGUAUUGGCAACGACAGUUAGGAUGUCGGUAGAGUGUUGUUUGGGCGGAAGGGUGACUGCUGGGUGCGAUGUGUUGCUUGUGGUUGCUGGAUUGAGACCAGUUUGUUUGUCACUUCAUCGAUCUUCUAUUAAAUACUGUGUUGAUCGAUAUCACACCACAUUCUACGAUAUGCUGUUGGCUGCUAUGUUCCACUCAAUGCAUCUAACACGGAACCAUAAAUCGGCAGCCUAGAUGUUGUUAUAUCACCAAACCCAAGAGACCUCAAACGGAGGUGCACAAUUUGAGACCCAAAGACACUUUGAACUGAGAUUUCGUGUCGAUUUGAACACGUGAUAGUGAGGGCAGAGAAGGGUCUCGCAAAGUGACUAGUCGUCAGCAUGACAGAGAUAGAGAUAAAGCGCAAGAAUGCUGUUAUGGUCG